CCAGGAAUAAUGGAAUCCUGCCUGCCGCGCUUUCAAGACGUCGUCUUCUAGAGUUCUAGUUAGAAAAACUCGUCCAAAUGUCAAAUGACUUGAAAUAUAGCGUUUCCAGUAGUUUUAGGGGACGGUGUGUUCAUCCGUUGACGUUAUCGGAGUAGUGAUCUUCCUGGAAACUUUCGCCAUUGUUGGAAUCCUCCCCAGAUUUGUAAAGGUAUUUGGUUGCCGUUUAGGUGGUGCAUUGGUGGGUUGAUCUGUUAUCGCGCGCAGACAUCACUCCUCCUGAUAUAUACGAAUCGAAAGACGCAUUAAUUUGCCAGAUUUGGAAGGGUCUUGUAUAAUUUUGCAGGUUGGGAAUUUCAGGGGGUUCCUCAAUUGAUUCUCAUUGUUGGAUCCGAUGGCGGAAGGGACUGCGCAAUCUCGCUAUGUGAAGCUUACGAAGGAACAAGCUCCUGUGGAGGAGGAAAUUACUCCAGGGGAGCUCAAUCAGCCUAUUCAGGUUCCUCAGUUGAAUGUUCACAGGUGCAGUGAGUGUGGUCAGCCCCUUCCCGAGAGCUAUGAGCCUCCCGCAGAUGAACCUUGGACAACUGGGAUAUUUAACUGUGCUGAGGAUACAGAGAGUUGCUGGACUGGACUUUUUUGCCCUUGUGUGUUGUUUGGGCGUAAUGUGGAAAGCCUGAGAGAAGAUAUCCCCUGGACACAGCCAUGCGUUUCUCAUGCCAUUUGUGUUGAAGGUGGCAUUGCACUAGCUGCAGCAACAGCAAUCUUCCAUGGUAUCGAUCCAAGGACGUCAUUUCUCAUUUGUGAGGGUUUGAUGUUUUCUUGGUGGAUGUGUGGCAUCUACACUGGUCUUUUCCGACAAUCAUUACAGAAGAAAUAUCAUCUCAAGGUGAGCUCCACUUAUUUUCUUAAAGGCCUUGAAUAUUUAUGAGGCCUGUUGAUGUAG